ACCACCAUCUGAAGGGGUCCGCCUGAUCCUGCGCACGUUUGAGCUGGUUUCAUGAAUUCCAGCAAUAUCAAUACACUAGACCACCUCUUGGACACUUCUGACUCAACUACAACAUACCUACUCAUAGCGAUCAAACGAACAAAAAUCACGAUAACACGAUAAUGGAUCACGCACAUAUGGAUCACAGCGGCAUGAGCCACAGUGGAAUGGACCACGGAGGAGGCAUGAAGGAUAUGUGCAGCAUGAACAUGCUGUUCACUUGGGACACCACCAAUCUCUGCAUCGUCUUCCGCCAAUGGCACGUUCGCUCGACAACCUCCCUCUUCUUCUCUCUCGUCGCUGUAAUUUUCCUCGCCGUCGGCUACGAAGCUCUCCGUUCCCUCUCGCGACAGUACGAAGAAGCCCUCGAUAAUCGCGUCCGAGCCGCACCCAGUCUUGAUGUUCCCGUUACUGAGUCGACUCCCAUCCUUGCAGGACAAUCCCAAGGACAAGCCGAUCAGCGUGCCCACCUCAUCAAGGCUGUUUUAUAUGGCCUACAGAACUUUUAUGCAUUCAUGCUCAUGCUCAUUUUCAUGACAUACAACGGCUGGGUUAUGAUUGCUGUUUCUCUUGGCGCAUUUCUUGGAUAUCUAUUCUUUGGAAAGCGAACUUCUGCUACCAAGGAUAACGCAUGUCAUUAGAGGGGCUGAACGUUUAUGAAACGGCCAUGGCGAACCCAAAGGACACGCGAAGUCUAAAUUAUUGCAAAUGGAAACCUAAAGCUUGACACUUUUCAUCAUAAUCCAC